AUGGCGCCGCCAUCCGCCGCGUCGGCCGCUCAGGAGGGCGCUUCUUCGCCCGCCUCCUCGGCAAGCUCUGCGGAGACCAAGCGCGAGCCAACCAAACAGGAGACUCCCCAUGCGGCGGAUGCUGAUGCAGCUUCAAAGAAGCACGCAAGUCUCACGCCUUCGUCCUUUUCGUCUUCCGCCGAUGGUGCCGCGGCUUCGAAGAAACGCACCGCCCCCUUGCCUUCCUCUGUCUCGUCUUCCGCCGUCUCUGUCGCCCCGCAGACCAAACAGUUGAGGCGUACGUGCCCGUAUCUGGGGACGAUCAAGCGGCACCUUCUGGACUUUGAUUUUGAAAAAGUCUGCUGCAUCUGCCUCUCCAACCAACACGUCUACGCUUGCCUCGUCUGUGCGCGCUACUUCCAAGGGCGAGGAAAGAAUACGUACGCCUAUCUGCAUGCGCUCCAAGAGCAGCACUACGUCUACCUGAAUCUGAAGGACUGUCGCGUGUAUUGUCUGCCAGACAACUACGAAGUCAAAGACGCGUCGCUCGACGACAUCAUCUACAACCUCCACCCGACCUAUACGACGGAGGACGUCGCGCAGCUGUCGACGCGCAUCGUUUACGGCAAGGCGCUCGACGGCGCGGAUUACAUCCCGGGAUGCGUCGGCUUGAACAACUUGAAGCAGACGGACUUCUGCAACGUCAUCAUCCAGGCGCUGUGCACGGUCAUCCCGCUGCGGAACUGGUUGCUGCUGCUGGAUCUCUCCAACGUCCAGAACUAUGACGCUGUGCUUCAGGCCCUCGGCGAGUUGAUGCGGAAGAUCUUUAACGCUCGAAACUUCAAGGGAAUCGUCUCCCCUCACGAAUUCCUCCAGGCCGUCGGCGUCGCGAGCAAGAAGGAGUUCCGCAUUGGCGAGCAGGCAGACCCGAUCAGGUUAUUCUGCUGGCUGAUGACGCGCGUCCAGCAGUCAGCGAAGCACAAGAAACUCAACUCCAAUGUGGUUCUGGAUUGCUUCCAAGGCGAAGUUGAAGUUCGCACGACGACCGCGGAGGCCGAGGCGCAGCGCCAGCUGCCUUCGGUCUCGCGAAUGCCUUUUCUGUAUCUGACGCUCGACUUGCCGCAGGCGCCGAUCUUCAAAGACUCUCUCGACAGGAACAUGAUUCCGCACAUUCCGAUCUUCGACCUGCUGCAGAAAUUCAACGGCGAACAGGUUCAGGAGACGUCGCCGGGCGCGCUCAAGCGGUACAGCUUGUGGCGGUUGCCGAAGUACUUGGUGCUUCACGUGAAGCGCUUUUCGAAAAACAACUUUUACGUCGAAAAGAACCCGACAAUCGUCACCUUCCCCGUCAAGCACCUCGACCUGCGCGACUACGUGCAUGAGGACGCGCCGCUGGAGCUGAAUCCUGUGACGAAAUACGAUCUGGUCGCCAACAUCUGCCACCAGGGGAAGCCGCACGACGGACAGUACAAAGUCCACGUUCUGCAUGCGCCGACGAACGAGUGGUUCGAAAUCGAGGACCUGCGUGUCACGCAAGUCCUUCCGCAGUUUGUCGCGCUCUCUGAGUCGUAUGUGCAAGUGUACCAGCGACAAGACGUCGCGCCAGACGGCUCAAUCGACGCGGCUGCGGUGGAAGCGGCGCUGCAGGAGCUGCGGAAGAAGGAAGCCAAGAGCGCGGCGGUCGACGACGAAGAUAUUUUCGCGGCAGCCUCAGACAGCGAGGACGAAGAGGUUUCGCCGGCGCCGAAGGAGGAAGCAGUCAAGGUGGAGGGGGCUGAGAGCUGA